GAAGAAUCCGUGCGAGUGUCGAGAAGUCCAUUUUCACGCCCGUGUAAAAGCCGCGGGCUCUUGGAGUGGCCGUUCGACGCGCGGCGCCAUCGUCGUCGCGUCAGACGUCGCAUAAAACUCGUCGGCGAAAAUGGCUGCGGAACGAAAUUCGUAUCACUCUCGUCGAGACGAGCGCGGCUAACGCGUAUCAUCGUAUGCAGACGGGGCGAAGCACGCAACGAUGCGUUUAUCGCUGCCGGUCCUAAUCCCAACGCCUGAUCGCUCCCCGGACCUCCACCACGAACCGCGAUUUCGCCGUUCCGCUGAUUCUCCACCUCCGAAGAACGUCCUAAGAUGCUGCCGGAAAUGCUACGGCUCUCUUAUCAGCAUCGAGCGUUCUAUUGUUACGUGAUACUCAGCGUAUGGAUCUUCCUUUUGGUCGCUGGUAUGUACAAAUACAUCGGAGUCGACGAGAAAACUUACACUCAGGGUAGACGUCCUCCGAGCGAUAUUUCCCUCAGGGAAUUUCCAAGGAACCUCAAGCUCGAUCUGAAAACCAAAAAGAUAUUCAGAUUCUGCAAUUCACCCGAUGAUAUCAAUUCCGGAGCUGAAGGAAAAGUUGAUGGCAACCUGACUCUGGAAGGUAUUCUGGUAUUCAUUAGACAUGGAGACAGAGGUCCCCUGACUCACGUGCGGAAUAUCACAACAGUGAACUGUGCAAAGGACUUCGGCGGUAGUUCCGAGAUGGAAAGUGUUUACUUGGCUUACCAAAGUUUCCUGCAAAAUGUAUCAAGCUACUCGAGAACAGCAUGGACACAGUUUCUGGGACCUUUUCACGGGUUUCCUAUGCUCCCGGCAGAUUCGAAGGAAUGUAAACUAGCUCAGUUGACCGGUUUGGGUGUAAACCAACUGCUCAAAACUGGAUUGCUGCUGAGGAAUAUUUACUACAACAAACUGAACUUGAACAAUGGCACGUUAAGUUCGAAAGACGUCAUAGUUUACAGUACAAGAUACAGGAGAACAGUGCAAAGCGCGGUAGCCCUGCUCUACACGUUUCUGGAGUAUGACAAUUUUGGCAACCUUGCCAAAAUCAAUUUGCAAGAGAGCCAAAGUCUCACCUUCUGUAAUACAGACUGCGCCUGUUCUGCCGCUGAUAAAUUCAGCAAACAGCACUCAAAGGAAAUGGCUGAACAUCUGAGGUCUCAUCCUGCAGUGGCAAACCUCAUUAAGCAGGCUGGUAACGUUGUCUUCGAAAUGCCUGAGCAGGCUCAAAGCACCGAUCCAAAUUCACUGAGGGAUGCUCUGCUCACUUAUGUCUGCCACAACGCGCCGCUGCCAUGUAUAGACCUAGAAGUACAACAAUUUUGCGUUAAAACAGAACAUGUCACGAGUCUUUUUGCAUAUACGGAAUGGGAGGCAAAGCAGCAUGCAAAGAGCAGGAGCCAAAGAAAGUACGGUUUAUUACGAGCCUAUGGUUUACUGAGGGACAUCGUGUCUCACAUGCUGCGAAUUGUCUCCGAUGCUAAACCGAAAGUAGUCUUGUAUUCGGGACAUGACAAGACCUUGGAAUACCUUGCAACGGCGCUCGGCUUGGUCACCGAUCGAUUUUCUAUGUCGCAUUACGCCUCUCGAUUCAUUAUUGAGGUGUACAAAAUGAAUCCAAAGAAUGAGAAUCACAUAGCAAGCGAUUUCUACUUUCGGGUCGUCAUUAAUGGCAAGGAUUUUACCCAGGAUAUACCGUUCUGCAAAAACGUAAACUAUUUCAGUGUUAAUGUUCAUAAUCGGCCAGAUAAAACUGAUAAAAUCAAAGCAGAAACUAAACUUUGUCCGAUUGAAGCUAUCAUCAGACAAUUACACGACGACUAUUUUGCACCAUUUAAUGCCACUAAUUUCAAAGAUGCAUGUUCUAUACGAAAACAUGGGUAACCGCUCAGUUUGAGGGGUGAUUCUCUGCCUUUGCUGUAACAGAAUUGACUUUUUUAGUGACACUGGACUGAAGAUGAGUACAAUUUAUACCAGCAUUUUCUCAUGAACACAAGCAGUGGGUUGUGUUGUGCAAUUCUUAAAAUAUCAAGAAAAUUUUCGAGUUUACAAAAGUUGUACUUGAAAUAAUUUAAUGGAUAUUGAGAGCUUCCAAUGACAAUAUACUUAAAUUCUUUCAUAUGAGAAAAAGAACUGGUGUUUGUUUUACUUAGCUCUGCUUUUUGGGAGGAAAACGUUACAAAACAAUUUUAUAUUCAUAAAAAGGUGCGAAUCUCAUCCCUUUGAAUUAAGUCCAAACCGAACUAAGCCAAUUCUUAAAUUUCGUAAUCUCUUGCGGUCCAAAAGAUUUGUACAGUAUAUCUAGGCCAUGAUUAUAAUGGGUGAAGAAAGUUGUGUUAAACAACCAACUUGCACACGUUGAUAAAAAUUCACUCAACUAGAGCUUAUUUUGCGUUUCGAAUUAAAAGUGUAUAGGCUCCAAUUCUGACAAAACCCAAGUAAAGUUUAUAGUAUGACAAAUUUGUACCAAUCAAGUAUUAGAUUGUCUCCGCUGGUUUGAUCAUAUUACAUAUACCUCAAAUCUUAUGCAACACUUCAUAGAAUAUUUUAUAGUAACUAACAAAUGAUCGUAUAUGUUGAAGUUGUUUAAGUCACAAGUUUACACACAACACACAAUAAAGUCUAUCCAAGAAAGCCUUAACAAAUAGUCUUCUAGCAUAUAUUAGUGUAUUUGAAAAAAAAAAGUUAAAUAGGUGAAUAGCUUUAGAUGGCCGUAAUAUAUUUUUUAUCAUACCUGAUGUAUAUAUGUAUAUAAUACUCAGAAAAGCGACAAAUAUAUGUACAUGUAAAUUUUGAAUAUUGCUAGAGAUCAGUCAAUGAUAAUUUAUCAUUGUAAUUGGAUCAAAUUGCGUUUAGUCUUCUUCGCGCUUUCGAAACUGGAAAAAUAUUUUCUGAAUUCAAUGUUUAUUAUUAAAGCGAAAGAUUUAAUGUUCAGAUAUAUGUAUAAUGUAUAAAUCGACAUUAGUUUUCGCAUAGUUUUCAAUACCCACGAUUGUUGAAUGAAUUUCUAUUAAAUUUAUGAAAAAGCUUAUAUGAUUCUAUGCUUGUCGAGUACCUUAGGUGUGCAAAGUAGAUACGAUAUAUAAUAUAUCUUGUUUUGAUGUAUAUUCUAUAAGAUUAUAUACCUAUAUAUACAUAUAUUAAAAAAAAAACAUUGUUAAAAAUAUUAAGUCUUUAUUACACAAAAUAUGCCAAUUCUCAGUAGUUAAGUUACCAGCAACAGACGUUCGCAUUGAAUACUGUUAACAGCGUUUGCUCAGUUCGCUAAAAUUUUCAAUUAAAUGUAAAUAAUUUUUAUAGUAAAUUGCAGAUUGCGAUGGCGUGGUAACGUUUUAUUCAUAUAUAAUAUAAAAACAGGCAUUUAAUAAAUAUAUAAUACAAUGUACAAGGCACAUGUUUCUACCAUCAAAGCUACAUAUUACAUAAAACUUGAUAAUCCUUUGGUCAUGUUACACACUAGAAAUUAAUAUUUGUAUAUAGUGAAACAAUGUGAUCCACCGGAUAUGGAGAAGGCCGCGAUAUCUGACAAAACAUAAAAUUCUAAAACACCAUAAUAAAACAAACCUGUCCGACAAUCA